AUGACAUCCCCAACAUCAUUCACUCUCUUCCCCCUCCUCCCUCCCGAACUCCGCCUGCAAAUCUACCACCACGCCUGCCACCCGCGCGUGACAACCCUCUCCUACCUCCCGGCUCCGCGAGACACCUAUCACUGCUCAACUCCGCCGCCCCCACUCCUCCACAUCUCGCGGGAAUCCCGCGCCGAAGGCCUGCGCCUUUACGCGAAGUGCCUCCUUCCAUCACCACCAUCACCACCAUCACCACCCACCCAACAACCACCCCCCGAUCUAACCGAGUCACCGCCAGAAGACGACGACCCCCAACCCCGCAGGUAUUUCUACCACCACCCGCACCUCGACACACUGUACCUACCGCGCCCGCCACGCGCCGCUGACCCACUCGGGCUGGGGUACGCGGACUGGGCGCGCGAGUUUGCGGCCGGGGCGGCGACGGCCCGAACAGCGGUGGUAACGACAACGACAACGACAACGACGGCGGCGGCGACGAGAACGGGACCGGGGGCCGGGCCGAGUGGGCUCGCGGGCGUGGUGCGCCGGCUGGCGGUGGAUUACGUCCCCGCCGAGGUGCGCCGGCCGUGGGAGGUGUUUGGCAAGGUGUGUCUGAUCCGGGGGUGUCCGUUGUUGGAGGAGGCGUACUUGGUGGUUCAGGUUAGUGAUGGUGGUGAGGGCAGGCGGCAGCAGCGGUUGGGCGCUGCUGGUCUGCCGCCGGGGGGGCGGAGGGCGGUGGAGUUUGUUGAUCCUGCGGCGGGGGAUGCGGAGAUCGUGCGGAUUAUGGAGCGGGUGCGGGCGUCGUUUCGGGUGGAGCUCGGGGACGGGGCGGGUGAGGCUGGGUCGGUUGGGUCAGCUGCGUGGGGUGGGUUGGGAAAGGAGGGCGCUGAAGAGGGGACGGGGCGGGGCGGGUUGGAGCUGGUUCCUAAGGCUAUGGUGCUGAGCCCGUGGGGGUGUCGGCAUGUGGCUUGCGCGUCGUGA